UCGAACCUUAGUUGUAAGCAGUCGAGAGAUGGCUAAAGAGUGCCUUACUACAAAUGACAGAGCGUUUGCCAGUCGUCCUAAAGGUCUAGCCAUGGAAAUCCUGGGCUACGACUAUUCCAUGCUUGGUUUCAGUCCAUAUGGGGAGUACUGGCGCCAAAUGCGCAAAAUAGUGACUCUUGAGCUUCUCUCCAAUCAUCGGCUUGAGAUGCUAAAGCAUGUGAGAGAGGCUGAGGUAAAAAUGGACAUAACAGCUUUAUAUCAAAAAUGGAUAAAGAAUAGAAGUAGUUCCAAUAAGCUUUCUGCGGAGAUGAAGAGAUGGUUUUGGGACAUAACUUUAAAUGUGAUAUUAAAGAUAAUAGUAGGGAAACGAUAUGUGGAGGAGGAGCAUACUAAUGAAUCCGUCGAAGGUCGAGAAAGCGGGACAUGGAGAGAUGCAUUAAGGGAAUUUAUGGAAUUGUCUGGAAAGUUUUCGGUAUCAGAUGCGCUUCCAUAUUUAAGGUGGUUAGAUUUGGGUGGAGUUGAAAAGGAAAUGAAGGAAAAUUUAAAAAAAUUAGACCCUGUUGUUGAAGAAUGGUUGCAAGAACACAAGCAAAAGAAAGAAGCUUCCGGCGGCGUACCAAAGGAAGAAGAAGACUUCAUGUAUGUGUUGCUGUCCAUUCUCGGCGAUGCAAAAGAGCUUUCCACUGGAGAUGCUGAUACUAUCAACAAAGCCACGUGUAUGGUACGUAUUUCUAUCCUUCUUAUUUUUUUUAAAGGACUUAUUUAUUGCCGGAUCAAUUAAAAAUAAAUUUUGAUUGUAACAAUUAUAUUUUUGUUGAG